CGGCGUUCGCCCCCGCGGGAGGCGCAGGCGCAGCGGCGUCGCCUUUCCGGCCUCUUGUUUGUUUUUCUGGCGAGGGAGGGGAGGCCCGUCGGUCGUUGCGCCGCCGCCCCAGCAGCUUCUUGAAAAUGUCAGAAAUUUCCAGUGACAGCGACUCGUCAUGCGGCUGGACAGUUAUCAACCAUGAGGGUUCUGACAUCGAAGCAGUGGCACCUGACUCUGACAGUGCAAGCGGCCAUGAGGAACUGGCCUCAGAGGAAUUUCCAUCUCCAACUCAAGCAGAAGACCAGUGGGAGCAAGCCGCUAGCCUGCAAGCUGACCUGGGCCAGGGUGGUGUGUCACCAGGAAGAGCUGCAAACCAGCCCCCACUGGAGCCCAGCAAGCCGGUUCCUGGGGAUGAGAAAGAAAAACUGGUGGAUGAGGCUUCCUGUGUGGGGGCAGCAAGUGACGAUUCAGACAUUGUGACUCUGGAGGUGCCGAAGGCAGAAGACGUUGCAAGCCAGGAAGAAGCUGCCUCCGGAGAUGAGGAGGGCCAGGCCUCGGAGAAUUUCAACAUGGGCUCCUCUUCCAGCAGCCAGUACACCUUUUGCCAGCCAGAAACAGCCGGUUGGCUGGAGCAGCUCUGGACGGUCCCGCAGUGGGCGAGCGGAUGGGUUUUUCCGCUGCAGCCAAGUGGCGAGGAAUCCAGCAGCGACGAAACCAGCCACUGCUCCAGCCCUGCCUUGCGGCGGCGCCGUACAAAGAAGAGGCUUCUCUCCAGUUCAGAGUCAGAGGAGGGCCUCCCACUGCAUGACCCAGAAGUCAAGCAGGCCAAGCACUUGCUGAGCAGCGGCCUGAACAGGUGCAUCAUCCUCGCCUUGGUGAUUGCGGUCAGCAUGGGCUUUGGGCAUUUUUAUGAUAAAAAAGGAAAUUUUCUGUUUCAAGGUACAGUUCAGAUCCAAAAACGGCAGGAACUGGUGGAGAAGACUCACGAAGAUGAACUGAAUGAUAUGAAGGGGGAUCUUUUGCAAUGCCAGCAACAAGGAAGUAAAACGCAGUGUGGGUCUCUGAAGGAGGGCCUCACAACUUGCUUGCUCACAGCAGAGUUGGAAAAGAGGUCCUUUGAAUCCCAGAAACAUCACCUGGCUUCAGAAAACCAGCACCUGAGGGAGUCUUUGCAGAGGGAGGAAAAAGCACUGGCACGGUUACAGGAAGAGCUGAGGGAGCUGAGGGAACAAAUAAGACACUUGGAAAGCAAAGGUCCCAGCCCAGAGUCACUGAUUGCUACCGAAAAUCAAAAACUCAGAGUGCAUUUGGAGGAGGAAAAGCACAGAACGCAGAGUUUCAUGAAGCAAAAGGAGACGUCGUUGGCUGAAGCCCAGAUGCUAAGAAGGGAGCUUGACAAAGAGCGCCAGGUGACAAUGGCACUUCGGGAAACCCUGGAGAAGCUGAGUUCUCAGCCAGUGCCGCUGGAGACAGAGGCCAGCUUGCUUAAGAGCCAGGAGUUGGAAACCCUGCGUGGGAUGCUGACUGAGCUGGAGAAGAAGCUGAGCUUCGAGCAGCAGCGGUCAGACUUGUGGGAGAAACUGUAUGUUGAAGUUAAAGAUCGUGCAGAGAAGCAAGAAAGAGCAGAAAAAGCCCAGAAACCAGCUGGGAAAGGAGGAAGCCAAAGUAAAGCCAAGCCAAAAGCAACCUUUUUUGGUUCUGUAAAAGAGACGUUUGAUGCCAUGAAGAAUUCUACCAAGGAAUUCGUACGCCACCAUAAGGAGAAAAUCAAGCAGGCCAAAGAAGCUGUGAAAGAGAACCUGAGAAAGUUCUCUGAUUCUGUCAAGUCCACCUUUAGACAUUUUAAGGACACAACAAAAAAUAUCUUCGAUGGAAGAGAGAAGAAAAGGUACGGUGACAGAAGACACGAGAUUAACAGAAAAGGGAGGACCACGUAUCAGGCAGACAGUUCCCAUGAAGGGCCAGCUAAGACAGCACACCCCAGGGCCCCGGGCAGCCAGAGGCCUUUCAGCCACCGGAGACCACCCGAGGCCGCCCGGCCCCUUCCGCCCUCACCCGCAGAUGCUGCUUCCAGGGAGUGUCCCAAAGGCCCUGCGGGGAGCCGGAAACACCACACCCUUCUAAAAGGAUGUUCUGGCAUUUUUGACUGUGCCCACCAAGAAUUUGUUAGUCUCUUUAACAAAAUCCUGGAUCCUAUUCGGGCUGAUGAAUUUAAUCAAUUAAUGCACAAGUAUUUGCAGCAAGAAGUAAAGAACUUUCAUCACUGGCAAGAACUGGAGAUUUUCGUCAACAAGUUUUUCCGCAAUGGCGUCUUUAUCCACGACCAGAUGCUGUUCUCAGAUUUUGUCAGUGAUGUCAAGGACUAUCUGGAAGACAUAAAAGACUACCAGAGACGCAGUGACAGAGCAUUUGAAGACUUGGACAAAUAUAUAUACCAGUACUACUUCCAUUACGAUCAGUUACCUCAACAUGCACCCAGCUAUCCCAGUCAGCAACCCUCUUUCACAUCCUCCUACAGCCCUCAGCAGGAAGGACACAUUCCGAAGCACCAGCAGCGCCACAAGAGGGAAGGCCGAUGGCAAAAACGAGGGCGCAGCAAUGGGAGGCACACAGCCAACUUGGAGAUAGAAGUGGGACGGCUGCCUUUUGACCCCAAGUACUGAGCGGUUGCGUGGAGCCCUGCAGGCUGGCAACAGGUGCCCCUGAUCAGCCACGGCAAGAGCUUUCCCCAGGGCAACUAAAGGCCGACUACCCCAAAGCUCUGUUGGCUUUUCCAUCCCCAUCCUUCCUGCCUCGCGUUCUUGUGAAGCAUUAAUUAAUUUGGCUGCUUUCUACUAUUACAAUAAAUAAGCAGGGUAAGCAGUAGCUUUAGGCAAGUUGUAAAAUAAGCUUUUUUGCACUUGUUGGUACUUGGUUCUAAUGUAAGAUUAUAUGGUACUGAUUUCAUUUCAUGCUCUCCAGAAGCACAUCUUUUAUGGCUGUUUAAUUAUUCUGAUCAUGAUGGGAUUAUUUGUGUGGACUCCUGAUCAUCUUGCUUUUAAAUUUUUUUGCACAUCUGUAUGUUGUAAAAAUAAAAUAAUAUAAAGAGGUGGUUCCAAAA